UGCAGCAGUUGCCGGGUUUUGCCGAAUCGAGCGCACCCGGCGCCGUGUUUUGUUGUUGUUUUUCAGCGGUGUAUCGUGUUUGGCCUGUCAAACCGUGGGACUUUUCGCUGGGACGACGAGACUGGAAUAACAGGGAUGCACAUGACUAAAAAAACGAGGAACACAAUGAAGCCACCAUCACAGACCCAGUCAUCUCCUGUCAGCAGCCUGGUAUUUGAAGGUGUUUAUAAUAACGCCCGGAUGCUGCAUUUCCUCACAGCGGUCGUGGGCUCCACCUGUGACGUCAGAGUGAAAAACGGCGCCGUGUACGAAGGGAUCUUCAAGACUCUGAGCUCACAGUGCGAGCUCGCUGUGGACGCUGUUCAUAAACAGAGCGAUGGAGGUGGUGGAGGUGAAGAGGGAGGAGGAGGAGGAGGAGGAGGAGGAGGUCAGACCUCUGCGCCUAAGAUUGAGGACAUCACUGACACCAUGAUCUUCAGCCCGACCGACCUGGUCACCAUGACCUGCAGGGACGUGGAUCUGAACUUUGCCUGUCAAGACACAUUCACUGACUCGGCCAUCAGCUCGUCGCGGGUGAACGGCGAGCACAGGGAGAAGGUGCUGCAGAGGUGGGACGGAGACGGAAACGGAGAAAACUUCGAGCUGGAGUCAGACACAUCAAACGGCUGGGACGCCAACGACAUGUUCAAGUUCAACGAGGAGGCGUACGGCGUCAAAUCCACGUACGACUCCAGCCUCUCCAUGUACACCAUGCCUUUGGAGAGGGGGAACUCGGAGGUGUACCGGCAGCGUGAGGCGCGAGCGGCCCGGUUAGCAAGCGAGAUCGAGGGCAACCUUCAGUACCGCCGCCGGGUUUCCUUAGAGAACGACGAGGGUCGGAGCGAGGAGGAGAAAUACAGCUCCGUGGUCCGAGAGAGGGAGGAGCGGGGCAGCCCCGGGUUCUCCUCCACCGGCAGGGAAGGUAAAUACCUCCCCCGGGCUCGAGAGAUCGGCCUGUCCUCCGGCGGCGGUGCGAGGGGUGGAGCUGGUCGAUCUGCAGCACCCACCUCCUCCUCCAGGCACCCGCCGCCCAGCUCCUCCUCACCCAAACCGGCCUCUGACAGGAGCAGCCCGCUGUCCGUCAGAACCGCCUACUCUCCUCACCAAUCACAGAGCAGCCCACCUACAGCCGGCAGCCCGCCCUGCUCCAAUCACGUUCUCCCACACUCCCUGUCACAUCCACAGGCGCUCGCCGACGCAACCCGCUCGUCUGUUAACGGAGUUACGUUGAGAACUUCCCCGAAAUCUCAGAGACUUCAGAGCAACAGACGAACCCCAAACUCCCAGUCCUCUCCUGCAGUCUCUCGUGCUCCAAAACCAGACGCUGUUCCUCAGGACCUCCCCCCGGUCGGCCCGGCCUACCUGGACUCCUCCUCCUCCUCCUCCGCUGUCACCACGGCAACCACCACCAGCAGCAGCAGCAGCAAACCCUCAGGCCCCACCCCUCUCUUCCCCGUCGAUGUGAAUGAAAUCCUGAGUUCAGCAGCUAAAGAGCGAAGUGAGAGUCUGUCCGGUCCUCAGGAAGGCAAGAGCAGCAAAGCUCCGUCAGUUCAGCAGAGAUCACAGCUGGAGGAGCUUCGCAAGUUUGGGAAAGAGUUCAGGCUGCAGCCCAGCUCCUCUCCGUCAGCGACCGCGGCGUCAGAUCCUCCUCAUCACUCCGCCCUGCCUCCUUCCUCCUCCAGUCCACCUAAACCCGCCCCCUCCCUCACCUCCUCCACCCAAGAUCUGCAGCCGACCACCGAGGCAGCUCCCCCCGCCUCCACCACCUCCCCUGCUGCCGCUCCGACUCCUCCGGCUCCUCCGGGCUCCCGGUCCUCGGGGCCGGAGGGGGCGCAGACCGGGACGCCUCAGACGACCUCGACCCCCGGCAGCGGGGAGGAGGCCUGUACAGAGAGCAGUGAACGAACAGAGGCUGCGUCUGCUGCUGCAGCGCAAGUGAAAAACUCAACACUGAAUCCAAACGCAAAAGAAUUUCUUCCAAUUAAAGGAAACUCAGCACUGAAACCUGCGUCGACCCCCACUCCUCCUCGACCGACCCCUCCCAGCCCCUCUGUGGUGGUGCCUCCUCCCGGACAGCAGGGAGGGGGGGCCCUCUACAGCAGCCCCCCCGGACACUUCCUGUCCUACGUCUCCCCGAUCCCCAUCCAGGGACACUCCAUCCAGGCUCCUCAGAUGUAUCAGUACACCAUGUCGACUGUCAACCAGGGCAAAUACCCCAGACCUAAAGGCCCGGUGGUGGGGCCCCGCCCGGAGCACCACACCUCCCCGGCCUCCCCCAUGAUCUCAGCCGCAGCCUCGGCAGCUGGACCCCCACUGGUGGCUUCGCCCUACCCCCUGUCCUACCUGCAGUAUGGUCAGGUGAUCCAGGCCAUGCCCCCGCACUAUCACGGACAGACCGUUUACUCGAUGCUGCAGGGGGGCGCAAGGAUGCUGACGUCCGGGGCCCCUCCUCAGCCGAUGGGUCCUGGUCCUCAGUACCCCGGCCAGGCUGAGGGUCCGGGGCCACAGCAAGCCAUGUAUGCUGCUCAGUCGUUCUCUCACCACUCGGGCUCCAUCCAUCCUCCCCAGCCCUCCAGCACCCCCACCGGAAACCAGCCCCCACCCCAGCACACAGCACCCAGUCCAGGACACUCUCAGUCGAGUCAGGGCGGUCCUCAGCCUCAGUCCAUGUUCCACUCUGGAGGUCUGUCGGCUCCUACUCCUCCCAACCUGCCGCCGGGCCACAGCUCCCCUCAGGCCUCCUUCACCAUGCAGGGAUACAGCCUCCCCACCCACCAGCCGCUGCCCCAUGGCUUCCCCUCCAUCAGCCAGCUCACACAGGCUCACAUCCCAGGAGGCAUGUCAGGACCUCACCACACCGCCGGCCACGCCCCCCCACCCGUCAUGCUGCACUACGCCCCUCAGCAGGGCAGCGGCUCCAACCCCCAGCACGGCCCGCCACCCCAGCAGGGGGCGCCACAACACUUCUACAUCGGACCACCACAAGCUGUUCAGGUUCAGACUCACCCGACCCAGCAGCUGUCCUUCCACCCCUCCGCAAACUGAACUGUCAUCACAGCUGGAUUCAGGAGCGACGAUGGCGCCGGCGUUACUGUGUGUGACAAAACCCCCAAACCCCAAACAACUCAUAACAUUCCCACCUUCCCGACAUCAAAUUGUUACGUCCCUGUUUUUACCCACAUCUUUUAGAAAAGCAGACAGAGCACAGGAACGUCUCCCAGGAGGAAGUUUUCUGGAUUUUAAUAUGCAAGUAUAGACUGUUGAAGACAUGAAGAACUGGUGGAAAAGUUUUGGACUGACAACAGUGGAAACAUUGUUUUUUCCUCCCCAUCCCACCUCUGUCCUUUUACAGACAAAACCAGUUCAUUAAUAAUAAAACUACUGGAAAAACAAAAA